CUUCAGUUUACGUGACGUUUAAGUUUCCAUCGACCACGUGCCAAACGUUUAUUUGUUGUCAAUGAAAUUUAACAAAGAAAUCAAUUUUUGUUUGUUACCCAGAACAGUUCAUAGUUGAAGAUAAAGAAAAUGACGGCAGUGGCACCGACCAGUGACAAUAUAGGAGUCGGUUCAGCCAACUCCAACUCAAUUACCACAAUGCAAAAUCCCGAAACCAUAAUGGAGAACAACAUAAUAAGUCAGAACACAGUUUUAGCCACCCCAGGUCUAAACAAUUCCGCCUGGAAUCGUCAGCAGGCUGUCAGUGUGCGUCAUGCAUUUAAAACAUAUGGUAGUAGCAAAAAUCCAAAUCACGUACUACAGAAUCUCAGCAUGACAGUCGCCAAAGGAUCAAUAUACGGUCUCCUCGGUGCUAGCGGCUGCGGAAAAACCACCCUGUUGUCAUGUUUAGUGGGACGCAGGCGGCUCAAUUCUGGUGAGAUUUGGGUGCUAGGGGGUAAACCCGGUACCAAGGGCUCUGGAGUACCUGGAAAAAGGGUAGGGUACAUGCCACAGGAAAUCGCACUAUACGGUGAAUUUACUAUUCGGGAGACCAUGAUGUAUUUUGGAUGGAUUUUCGGAAUGGAGACACCCGAGAUCGUAGAAAGGCUGAGGUUUUUACUACAGUUUUUGGAUCUGCCUUCACAGAACAGAAUGGUCAAGAAUCUCAGAGUGCUGAAACCCAUACAUUAG